GAGUCGGUUUGUGCCAGGAGGACGACGAGCGGGACCAUCGGCAGCCGCUGAGGGAUGGCUUUCCUCUGCCCGGUGCGCAUUCGCCGCGGCAGCAAGAAGAAACCUGGGUCGCACAACUUCGCCUUGGAGAAAGAUGGCUUGGGUGGCUCGGGGAUGGGUAUGUCCUCGAGGGUGUCCCUGCCACCGGGUCGUAUCACUGGGAGCGCCAGCAUAGAGACCCUCGUCAGGGUCGGCAUCGAGAAGGAAAACGGCCUUUCCCCUGACAGCAAAAUGGUCAUCAUACACGACUUUACCCCUUGCGUUGACGACGAACUCCAGGUCAAGAGGGGCCAGAUAGUCAACGUGCUGUACCGAGAAAACGACUGGGUGUACGUUAUCGCAGCCGACACGCGGAUGGAGGGUUUUGUUCCUCACUCGUAUUGUGCGCCCUACACGUCCCAACUGGCGGAAACGACGCUGGCGCUCAUGAACAACGUCAAGAAAAAGUUGCCCCGAUCGAUGGAUGACAACGACAUCGUCAGCUUGAGAAGAUCCCAGGGUAUGGAUCACCAGCAAAUCGAUACGGGCUCGGCAUCCGAUUGCGAAAGUUAUGCCAGAAACGUCACGACUGCUGCCGACAUAAACGUUAACCAGUCGAGUUCGCAGUCGCAGAACUCGAUCCAAACCACGCUGUCACAGCAGCCGGAUGUGCAUCCGUUCUUUAAGGAUCCAUCGGCUGGAAGGUACAUCGUCUUGUACACCUUUGUGGCGAGAGACGAGAACGACGUCAGCGUGGAAAGGGGAGAAUUCGUCACAGUGCUUAAUCGAGACGAUCCAGAUUGGUUCUGGGUGCUUCGCCACUGCGACGGCAACGAGGGUUUUGUGCCAUCUGGUUUCGUUUAUCCAGGCCACGUUCUUCACUCGUACACGACUGCCGGCACAACGAACGCCUCGGUUUCCAGGGAAUCUCACGAUUUGGGGAUUGGCACUGGAAAUCCGAUGGGCAACGAUCAGCUGCAGCAAAAAGACGCAAGGGACUUUCGAGACGAUUUGACGGGGACGACGGAACUCGUGGUUUUAUACGAAUAUAAAGCCCAAGCACCGGAUGACCUGUCGGUCAAAAGAGCCGAUUGGAUAUACGCGGAUCUCAGCAAUCAAACUGUCGACGGAUGGCUGUGGGCGUACGCUCCGAAAACGCGAAAAUAUGGCUUUAUUCCCAAAGCGUAUGCCCGUCCUCCCGCCAUGACUAGCUUGUAA